AAAUUGUCCGCUCGGAUUCGAAUUGGGAAUUAUGUCAUUGCCGUGGAGGAAUGGAUUCCAAAAGCGUUUCCUCUGCUGGCUGAUUGACAGGCAGCGCAUACAAAAGAGCCUAUAUAAACCAGGCGAGCGAACCGCUGGGAAGCCACUUCAAGAAAUCCUAGCCAGAGGCAAAGCGGGUUUUUCCACACACCUCCCCACCGAGGAGGGCUGCCCUUGGAAGGGGGCUUGGCAUCGCGCUCUUCCACCGAAACUUUUGAAACUCGCGUUCUUCUGGAGUUGGAUUUGGAAGCUAUCACUGUCAAGAGCAUCGCCGGAGACUUGGAUGCCAGGCAUUAUGUUGCAUAGGAGCUGGCUGUUAUGGCUAACGAUCUUGCUAGCUUUGUGGAUUUCAUCAAAUGCUCAAGAUGAUGACCGAGAGGAUGAGACCACUUUUGACUUACUGCACAUCAGCAACAUAAACAGGAAGACAACUGGAGCCAAAGUAUUUCGGGGCUACAAUUCCAGUGUCCCAGCAUACCGUUUCAUCCGGUUUGAUCACAUACCUCCGGUUAACUCAGAAAAAUUAAAGCAGAUUAUUAAACUGAUCCAGAAACAUGAGGGCUUCCUCCUGACAGCCACCUUCAGGCAGGAUAGGCAUUCUAAGGGCACCAUCAUUGCACUGGAAGGCCCUGGCAGCACUCAGCGGCAGUUUGAGAUCGUUUCCAAUGGCCGAGAAAAUACACUUGAACUUUCCUAUUGGGUCGAUGGCUCACGGAAGGGGUAUCCUUUGGAAGACGUGGACCUUGCUGAUUCGCAGUGGAAGAACAUCACGGUGCAAGUGACAGGAGAAAACUACAGUCUUUAUGUUGGUUGUGACCUCAUUGACAGCUUGAGCCUGGAAGAGCCUUUCUACGAAAACGUGAAAGCAGAGAAAAGUAGAAUGUAUGUGGUAAAAGGAUCUGUCAGAGAAACCCACUUCAGGGGUCUCCUCCAAAAUAUUCAUUUGGUUUUUGGAACUACAGUGGAGGAUGUCUUGCGCAACAAAGGAUGCCAGAGAAGCCAGUCAGCUGAAGUGAACACCAUCAAUGAGAGAACUGAGAUCCUUCACCUUAACCCUUCUGUUGUGACAGAGUAUGUUGGUGGAAACACAGAGAAAAAGGCAGAAUUCUGUGAUCGCUCUUGUGAAGAGCUUGGGUCUAUGUUUAACGAACUCACUGGGCUGCGCAUCGUUGUCAACAGCUUAACAGAAAAGUUAGAAAAAAUGUCUGAGGUGAAUGAAAAAAUUGUGUCAGAAUUGCUCGGCCCCAACAGAACGCUCAGGAACCAGUCAGCUUGUUGGCAAGAUGGUCGUGAAUUUGCAAAUAAUUCACAUUGGGUUGUGGACAGCUGCACAAAAUGUCACUGCCAGAACUCUAAAAUGAUAUGCAACAAAAUCACAUGCCCAGCUGUCCAUUGCGUCAGCCCAACAUUUUUUGAAGGCGAGUGCUGCCCUGUCUGCUCUCACACUGAUGACAGUGAAGAAGGCUGGUCUCCUUGGUCUGAGUGGACAGAAUGCUCUGUCACAUGUGGGUCUGGAACUCAGCAGCGAGGAAGGUCAUGUGAUGUCACCAGCAACACUUGUCGAGGCCCGUCCAUUCAAACCAGAACCUGUUCCCUUGGCAGAUGUGACAAUCGCAUACAUCAAGAUGGUGGCUGGAGCCACUGGUCCCCUUGGUCUUCCUGUUCUGUGACCUGUGGAGUAGGCAACAUAACUCGCAUACGUCUCUGCAAUUCCCCCAUCCCACAGAUGAAUGGGAAAAACUGCAAAGGAAGUGGACGUGAAACUAAAGAAUGUGAAGGAGUCCCAUGUCCUAUCAAUGGUCGAUGGAGCCCUUGGUCUCCAUGGUCUGCAUGCACUGUUACCUGCGGAGGAGGGAUUCGUGAGAGAUCUCGUCUCUGUAAUAGCCCAGAGCCUCAGUAUGGUGGAAAGACAUGUAUGGGAGAUGUCAUACAGCAUGAUAUGUGCAACAAGCAGGAUUGUCCAGUAGAUGGAUGUUUGUCAAAUCCUUGCUUUCCUGGAGCAGAAUGCAACAGCUACCCAGAUGGUUCUUGGUCCUGUGGUACAUGUCCUGCUGGUUACCUUGGAAAUGGAACAUUCUGUGAGGACCUUGAUGAGUGUGCGGUAGUGCCAGACGUUUGCUUUAAGUUAAAUCAGAACCACCGUUGUGUAAACACAAAUCCAGGAUUCCACUGCUUGCCAUGCCCUCCCCGCUACAAAGGAAGUCAGCCUUAUGGGGUGGGCCUAGAGUUUGCCAAGAAAGAAAAACAAGUAUGUGAACCUGCCAAUCCUUGCAAUGACAAAACACACAACUGUCAUAGGUCAGCAGAAUGCAUCUACCUGGGGCAUUUCAGUGACCCCAUGUACAAGUGUGAAUGUAGGACAGGCUAUGCUGGCGAUGGAUUCAUCUGUGGUGAAGAUUCUGAUCUGGAUGGGUGGCCCAAUAAUAACCUGGUCUGUGCUGCCAAUGCUACUUAUCACUGCACAAAAGAUAACUGUCCUCUUCUGCCUAAUUCUGGACAAGAAGACUUUGAUAAAGAUGGAAAGGGUGAUGCCUGUGAUGAGGAUGAUGACAAUGAUGGUGUUGAGGAUGAUAAAGACAACUGUCCCCUUCUUUUUAACCCCCGUCAAUUUGAUUAUGACAAGGAUGAAGUUGGUGACCGUUGUGAUAAUUGCCCCUAUAUACAUAAUCCUGCUCAGAUUGACACCGAUAAUAAUGGAGAGGGUGAUGCAUGUGCGGUGGAUAUUGAUGGAGAUGAUGUUUUCAAUGAACGAGAUAAUUGCCCAUAUGUCUACAACACAGACCAAAUAGAUACAGAUGGGGAUGGAGUUGGUGAUCACUGUGAUAACUGCCCGCUGGUGCACAAUCCUGACCAAACUGAUGUGGACAAUGAUCUGGUUGGUGACCAGUGUGACAACAAUGAAGACAUAGAUGAAGAUGGUCACCAGAAUAACAAAGACAACUGUCCUUACAUUUCCAAUUCCAAUCAGGCUGAUCAUGACAAGGAUGGUAAAGGGGAUGCUUGUGACCCUGACGACGACAAUGAUGGUAUCCCAGAUGACCGGGAUAACUGCCGACUCACAUUCAACCCUGACCAGAAGGAUUCUGAUGGUGAUGGACGAGGUGACAUAUGCAAAGAUGACUUUGACAAUGACAAAGUCCUAGAUAUUUAUGAUGUGUGUCCUGAAAAUGAUGCCAUUACUGAAACUGAUUUCAGAAAGUUUCAGAUGGUCCACCUGGAUCCUAAAGGAACAGCUCAGAUUGACCCAAACUGGGUUAUUCGUCAUCAGGGCAAAGAACUGGUACAGACAGCUAACUCAGACCCUGGCAUAGCUGUAGGUUAUGAUGAAUUCAGUUCUGUUGACUUCAGUGGUACAUUCUAUGUCAACACAGACCGGGAUGAUGACUAUGCUGGUUUUGUCUUUGGCUACCAGUCCAGCAGUCGCUUCUAUGUCCUGAUGUGGAAACAAGUUACUCAGACAUAUUGGGAGGACAAGCCUACCAGAGCUUAUGGUUACUCAGGGGUAUCACUUAAAGUAGUGAACUCCACCACUGGCACUGGUGAACAUUUGAGAAAUGCCCUCUGGCAUACAGGAAAUACACCUGGACAGGUGCGUACCUUAUGGCAUGACCCCAAGAAUAUCGGCUGGAAAGAUUACACUGCCUAUAGGUGGCAUUUGAUCCACAGGCCUAAGACUGGAUUAAUCAAGGUUUUGGUGUAUGAAGGGAAGCAGGUCAUGGCAGAUUCUGGACCGAUCUAUGACAAAACCUAUGCUGGUGGGAGGUUAGGUCUUUUUGUCUUUUCGCAAGAGAUGGUAUACUUCUCUGACCUCAAGUAUGAAUGCAGAGAUAUCUGAGCAAAAGCUGCUGCAAAACCAGCGAAGUACUGUAGAUGCAUUCAACUAGACACCUCUGUACAUUCUGGUACUUCAAAUCCCUCACUCUCUUUUCAGCUCUCCUUCUGGCACUGUAUCUCCCUGCUGCCAGGAGGGAUCCCUCCAACCCAACGCCCCGGUGCCUUCUCAGAGCUUGGACUGAUAGGGCCUAAAUGUGAGCUUUGAACCCACCACUGAAGCAAAAACAGGUUGAUGUGUAGAGUGAAAACUUGGCAGACACAUUUGUUCAUCCAUUUGUUUAGGGUUGUUUGUUUUAUAAAUGACGUUUACAUAUAAAGUGUAAUUACUUAAUGUAUUUAUAUAGAUAUGGAAGAAUGUGAGGGGGGAGUCUUACAUCAAUAGGGGGAAAGUGGAUAGAAAUAAGACCACAUCUUCAGCCCACAUUACUUGCUCAGUUCAGGGCUGGGCCUUGCUAAUACAAAGUCUGGGAGAUAUAGCUCAGCAAAUUUAAAAAAGACCAAACCAUAAAUAUCCUGAUCAUUAAGAAGCCAUGGAAAACUAAGGCAACAGCCAGAUAGGAAGAUGGCUCAAUAUACUUAUUGUUAUUAAAUUUCUCACACCUUUUUAGAUGAACCAUACACUUGAAAUUUAAAAUAAUGUCCCUCUUGUACCAGCACUUCAGCAGGCUCCAGAGAAAACACUUACAGUUGAAUCACAGAUUAACAUCCUAUGUGACAACCCAGAAGGAAUCUUCAGAUUUUAAAUUUGAUCCUAUUCUAUAGAAGUGAAUUUGGAAUUAUUCUCAAUGAGACAUACAGAUCAUAACAUCAGUUAUUUCAAAGUUGUUCAUCCAGUGCAUGUGGAUAUCAAUGAAUCCAUUCUAGUAUAGGGCUACUCUGAAGAUACCUCAUAAGUAGGGGCUGACAGGAGUCAAGUAUCCUACUCACAGAUAAUUCGUGGAGGAGGGAAGCUACAUCAGUAGCCCAACCUCAUGAAAUGUUUUGUGCAUAUUCCAAAGGAAUAGUUGGAAAUGCUGCAGCUCAAUGGUAAAGCACAUGCAUUGCAUAUAAAAGAUCCUAGGUUCAGUUCCUGUCAUCUCCAGGUAGGACUAGUUAAGACUCAUUUGAAACCCUGGAGAGCUGCCAACCGGUGUAGACAAUACUGAUGUAGAUGAACCAGUGGUUUGACUCAGUAUAAGGCAGCUUCCUAUGUUACAGCUCUGCUCUGUUCUACAGCUACUCCACUCUACAACUGUUGUUUUGACUUUAAAUAGGACUGCUCUGGAAUAAAUGAAAAAAGAGGUGCUGUGGAUGUCAGCAAAAGCCUGUAGAUGCCCCUUUUUAUAAACGGGUUCAACUUGGCUGAUGACGCCUUUUCAAUAUGAAUUCACCCUUUGCCUCAAAGACCCACUUAACAUUUUAUUUUAUGCUAUAUGGUAUAUUAUGAAUGGCUGUCUGGGAAAAUGCCAGGUGCUUGGCCACUGAGUUUAGAAACAUUUUCCCCACCUUAGGCAUUGCAUGGGUGCUUACUGGGAGAUACACAGUUAUAUCCAUUAGUCAUAUUCAGAGUAGACCCACUGCAAUUAAUGAAUGUCCAUGACUAACUUAGGUUCAUUCAUUUCAGUGAGUCUACAGUAAAACGUAACUGGUUAUAACUCACAGAGUGGAAAAGCAGAAAAAGUGGCUGUCAUAUAAAGUGUAUAAUCAGCCCUUUUAUCUAGGAAGAUAAGCAAUGGUGAGCACUUAAAUUUGCACUAAUUUACAUGAUCGAUGGCAUUUACAUGAUGAACAGCCAUUUUUGAAGAGCUGUCUGGUUGUGUGCAUGAGUUUUCCAUGAAAAUAGUUCCUGGCCAGGUGAAGCAUUUUUCCUGACACUGUUGCAGCAAGCACUUUGAUACCCCAAACCUUGAUCUGGGUUUCUGAUAAGGUGGCAAUGCUACCAUUAACUAAAUCUACUAUUAUGGUUCCAUUUAUAAGGCUAUUGAUGCUAUUUAUUAUUGUAAUGUGUAUGUUCUCCAGUAAUUUAUUUGAAAGCAUGCUAUAGAGCACAUUAGCAAUGAAAGAUCUCGAAAAAGAUGGCUACAUGUUGCCUUUAAUGGCCCAACUGGUAGAUAUGUUAUAUAUGUGAUUAUAUAUUAAGAUAAUGCUUUGAAUUGCCAAAUAAUUAAGUAACCAUCAAGACCUUCUAAGUGGAACCUUGUUAUUUAGUGUUGCCCACAAUUUUUGUAUUUUGAUGUAUGUCUGCUGUAUAUAGGCCUUCUGAAGAAAGCGCUGAAGGUAUGUCAGCUUUUAUCCUAACCAGAUACAACAGUUAUUCAAUUAUACAAUAGUAUGCACAUAUUUAACACUUUUUUAUUGUUCUUUUAAGAUGAAUGAACGUUACCCAUGAGGUAUACUUGCUGGUGUAGUUUUAUUCACAGAUGAGCUCUACUAAGAGAAGAAUACAAUGGCCUUGAUCCUGGGUCCUUUGUGCACUCUGCUACACUGAAGAAAGAGCACGUGCAGCAUGAGGGCUGUGUGUGUACAGCUGUGGAAAGGAAUCUGGAAAGCCACCAAUUGGUUGUUUGGCUAGAGACAGGACAGAAUCCAUCUCCUGUCACAAACAGCUGCUAAGUAGGAAUCAGUUUAAACAUACAUAUUCAGCUGUGCAUCCGCAACCCUGGCUGCUGGACCAGGCUGGGGAAUCACAUUCAAGAUUUCCCAUCCAGCCAGGGAUAUGGAUGUGGAAGAAGGACUGUGAGGAUGGAAUUCCUUCACAUGAGUGGCUCCAUUCACAUAAUGGACAGAGCAGUUUCAUGCAUGCAAUUCAAGCUCAGGGCUGUCCCUACCCCUGCAUCAAAACGAAUGAGGCAGCUUAUGUGGAUGUAUGCAUCUCAGCUGCUACACCCACAGCCAAUUGUGGGAUUGGGGUAAGAAUCUCUUGCCUUGUUUGAGGAUAUAGUGAGCCAAAUGUCAGUUCAGCUGUUUUCAAAUGAACAUUUAAAUAGAAUUUGAUGUUACGUACCUUCAUAAAGAAUCCAGUGUUUCUGAUUUUAUUGCACAUUCUUAGUUUUGUCAUAUCAACAAACUUUUUAAAGCCUUCUUUAUGAGGUUUGUUUUUUAAAAUAAAUUUGUUGGGGGUGUUUUCGCAAUUCACGCUUUUAAUGUUUUUAAAUGUGUAGCCCCUAGUCCCAGAGAGAAGAAGUGAGGGAAAUUUCAUUAAUGUAAUAAUGUUUAUGUAUCCUUCAAAUAAAAAGAAGACAUCGGUGAUGGGACUAAGAUGUUAAUAUUUAGAUUGUACCAUAUUUGCCUAUACUAUGUAAAUUAUUUAUGACAGUUUCCUUUUCCCUUUGUAUGUGCGAGUGUGUGAGAGAGAGUGGGGGAGAGAGAAAGAACGUGUGGAUAUGAGCAGAGACCAACAAAGCUUAACAUUUUGUUUUGCCAAAGACUGUAAAUAACUUAUUUAUUUGUUUGCACGGAUAGAAUUUCACCAUUUAAUGUCCCUCAGUUAUUCAAAUUCUCCUUUUUAUACAUUUUAAUAA